GGUGAAAAUACAUAUUUUCUACUAGAAGACAUCGGUGAUACCGUUCUUUUAGAUCAGGAAUCAUUUAAAUACAGUAUCCCUCUAUUCUAUUCACAACCAUUUGAACUAUUUGAUGACGCGGUUGGUUAAUUGGUACUCUACUGUGGACUCUCACUAUGCUAUUGUCAAGGCCGAUUAGUAGUAAAUUCAAAGGAUUCGCCAGUUUAUUGAGGCAGUUCCGCUCAUCGUUUAAUUCACAUUCUGAUUUGGAGAAUGGGAAGUUGGUCAACGUUGUCGUUGUUUCCAACUCGAAUUCUACUAAAAAAUGGCCGAAUACUAAACUUGGACCAAUAGAAGCUGUCAAUCCAAAAUAUCCGUUGCCUGGGUUUGUAGGGAUUCCGUUAGUGAAGGAUGAGAAACCUUUGGAAAAGAAAUACACACCUGCGGUGCAUACAUUACCUCCAAUGAAGGAGGAGAACUAUGCUGCAGCUCUUUUGAAUGUUUACAAUGAAAAAGAGUUCAGUGAAUCUCAGCCCUCAAUAAUUCCACCGGUAUCGGAUCAACUUGAAUGUACCAUACACACCUGUCCAGUGCUAGUUCAGCAAACUUUAGCUAAUGUGUUCCCAUCGAGAAAACUUUCAUCAAAACCUUUAACAGCACUAAUUCUUAGUCAUCACACCAAUGAAUCGUUAGAUACAUGGAGUGAAGAAGCUGCUGAUGAACGUGAACAGUUAGCACUAUCUUUUAUUACUUCAGCAAUAGAAAUAUGCUCGUCUUUAAAAGAAUUGGGCUAUUGGGCAGAUUUUAUUGAUCCCUUCACUGGGAAACCGUAUAUUGGAUCACAUGGUGAAGCUAUGCUCACAGAAACCGAUGAAACUAUGAAACAUUUUGGAUUUGAUCUAGACAAUUCUGUUUGUUGUAAAAUAUUACGUCAUCCAAAGUGGAAGAAUCAUGUAUUUGUUGGAUUAAUAUUCACAGAUGCACCAGACUAUCAUCCAGUACUAAUGCAUAUUUAACUAAUAUCUUUACAAAAAAGUUCUUUUACCUCUAUUACUCUUCUUGUUAAAUUGUUUUGAUCUUUAAGAACAAUUGUACUUUAAUUCUACUUUUGUGACAUUAUAGAAUAUAUAUCUAUAUAAAAACUUGAAGUAUGUUUUAUAUAUUUUCAUUAAACGAUUCAUUAUAAGAAAAUUUACUGAUGUGUUGAAUAAUUCAAAUGUGUAAAUGUUUCACUAGUUGCUUCUUCUUCUUCUUCUUACUGGUAAUUAUUGAUAUUAUAAUAUUAUUGUUAAUAACCCCCGAAUUCCCUAGUCCAACCGAGAGUGGAAGAGUCCGCUUUCCCUCUUGAAAUACUCUCACGUUAUCACGUUCAUACAACCACCACCAGGGAAGUCCUACUUGCUGCCUUCUCGUGGUGGGGGUGCUGUUUACGAAAUUGAGAGGACGAAAAGUGAAUGUCCGGCACUUUAACCGGGUCGGUAGAUAUUGAGGAUCCACCUAGGGAAGUUGGAAAGCCCUGAUUACAAACCAUUAGUGCACAUGGGCUCCAGGAUCCCGAGGGAACAAAUGACGUAUGAACCAAUCGUUGGUCACCGGCUAUCAUAUGACUGCAUCUCCUCACGAUGCUCCACUGCCUUGUGGAACAUACCUUUAGGUCGAAGGCUCCGGUGUGUGGCCCCCUUAGAAAACCACCUGUUUCAGUUUGGGCACUCGGCUAGUAUUCUAGCCCUCACACAUCGAGUGAUUUAUGUAGCGGAUAUCUGUUUGGUACAUCCUUGUGCCAAUGUUUAUGUGUUUAAAUAAAUAA